AUGUUCAGAAAGCAUUCACAAGAAGCCAAAUCACAAGAAGCAAAAUUUCAGGAAGCCAGACUUUUGCAACAAGCUCGUGAUGGCUUCAAACUGCCGUUAGAAUCAUCUCAGGCUUCUCUUCAAGGAAUAACCUGUGUGAUGGAGACAUCUACACCAACACUAGUUAAUGCUUCCGCCUACUUCCAAGCAGAAAAUUCCUUGUGUGGUUCAGCUCCCCAAAUUACCUUUGGUGGCACGUUUAGAAAUUAUAUUGACGAAGUUAUUAAUACCAUAGAUUCGUUGUCAUCAGACCCACACCAGAAGGACCAUUCACUCCAAUUACUUUUCCAAACAGACUUUGCAAACUUUAUCACAGACGAUGAAAAUCCACAACUUGAUCCACCAUCCAAUAAGAGCCUUAAAAAACUGAGAUCGAUAAUAAGUACAUGGACGUUACGAUCUUUGAGAGCCCCUGUAAUUAAUGAAACAAGUGAACCUUGUAUUUGUCUUUGCAAAAAGCUUGGUCAAAACUUUUACCAACCUAAACGUGGACCAUUCUCUGUUCUUCAAAGAAGCUUGAUUUUGAUCUGUGUUGGUUACAAUUUUGCUCUAGCUACCUGCCUUCCACACUACCUUGUUCUUGUACUCAGGUUUUGUUGUGAGGUAUUGGCUCUAACAAAGGAUUACAGUAAUUUAUUGCGUCUAACACUUCCAAGUAGUAUACUUAAGUUUGUUGCAUCUACUUCAGUUUCUCUUCCUACUAAAAAAAAGGAGAGAACUGUAGAAGAAAUAACAAUCAAGAUAUUGGAAUCGUUGUGUGAAAAAGUUGCAAGUUAUGGAGCCAACAUCAACAAAGUAAUGGAAACCUUUCCUGCACAGACACUAUUCGAAGAAGUUCCAUUCGUGAUUACCAAAGAUAUUUCAUACUUGUUGGACUCCAUCGCAGCUUGCAGGCCGAUUCUCCAAUCUUUAUCUUCAAAACACUUUACCAUAUGUGAAAACAUCUUGGCUAUGAUGAUUGAGAAGAAUCUUAUCAAUAUUACUGUCGACAAACUAGUGCAAUGUAACGAUAGCAUUCUCCAUUUAACUUCUUAUUUUGACGAAAGUAUGAACAAAUAUUUCAGUUAUAGUCUCUUGCUUGACUCAACUGCAUUCAAAGCUGCUACUAAAUUACAAGAUGCGUAUCAAAGCUUAAAGGGAUGUAAACUCGACGCUAAGAUAACCUUUUAUACAAAUUUACAGGCUAUGUGGUCUCUAUUUUAUCGAGUACUGUAUUAUUCUCAAGCACUCUACGUAACUCCAAGUAGCAAGCGUACUGAAUAUUUGAAAGGUCACUUGAAUCUGACCAAAGACUUCUUCCAAAUCUCUACAGGUCUAUUAACAGAAUUCUCAAAGUACUGUUAUGACACAAUGAUUUCUGAUCAAUCAUACAUUUUUUGCCUUAGCAAUAUAUCUCAAGCCCUAAAGUAUUGUUCUACAUAUAGUCUAACUUUUGAGGAAUGGACAGAUCUAGAACACAACUUUAAACAGUACUGGUUGAAAUGGUUAAACAUUCGUAGCGAUCCAAAAAUUGUGCUGGAGAACCAAGUUAACAGUCAUGUAACGGAGAUUUACCAAGAUCUUGCCAUUGGCAUCCUUACUACACAUUUAGUUGUACCAUGUAACUGGGCUACAAGACGCCCCCCAAUCAUUUUAGGAGGAACAAGAUUUAUCAGAAUCUCUGAUGCUUGCUCUUAUAGCAUCGAGACAGCUGAUACCAUUUCUAUUGAUGCCAUGACAGAUGACUCUGAUGCUUCUACCUAUUCAUCACGAACGUAUAAUGAUGAUGCUGACAUUGAAAAAUUGUUUUUCCAAUUUGUACCAGAUGUGAAUGACGCAGAUCACAAAUAUGAUAUGUGUUUUGGAACAAAAAUUUAUUUGGACGAAAAGUACUCAGCAUUGCAAGUUCUUAGCAACGUUCCCUCAAAAAGAUUACCAAUAUUGAGCGCCAUACGUGUUCUAUAUGAAGUAGCUCAAAAACACUGUGCAAAUGUUAAUCCAAAUACGAUACACAGUUUUGUGCAAGCAAUGAUUGCUCAGGAUACAGAGGAUUUAUACGCUCUUUCACUUAGCGAAUUGAAGCAAAAAUUACUUUGGGAUAUCAUAGUUCCUUGUCAACAACUCCAAUAUGUAAACACACUCAACGACUAUUACAACUAUGUUGAAGAGAUCGAGACUGAUUGUAGUUUGACAGAAAAUGACAUACUUGAAGCCAUUUUAGAAAAAGAUCAAUUGCGGUUGGUCUCUAAACUUAACUCAGUAUCCGAUACCGUCCAAUAUUUGCUGGAUUUGUUUAAUCAAGAUGCAUACUGGCUUAAAAAAUUUUGCUACUUUCUAAACCAUCCUCAACACACUAAUAGUAUUUUAUAUCAGCUAGAGUCAUGUGGUUUUGAAAAGUUUAGAAUCGUUGUUUACCGUAUGCUUGAUAUUUACAUCAAUAUUUUGAAUAUCAAUGACCUCAGAGCAGCUGCUCCUAUAUUCAAAGAUCGAUUUAUCCAAUUUUUAAAUUCCAUUACUAGCAGCUAUUAUCAGGCAACUGCACUGAAAGCUAUAUUCAUGAAGAUGACAGAACUCAACUUUGCCCAAACAAUGCCCACUGUCACAACGAUAGAGGCAUUCAAUUUUUGUACAGACCUUGCCAUGAUUCUUAGAGACAAAUCAUCAUUGGAGCACUCCAUUUUAAAAAACUCUUUAAACGAAUUUGGAGAAUAUCUCAAAGAUGGAAAUUCGUGGACAGGUCUUUCUUUCAGCGGCUCUUUUUUCCUUACAUGCCCUCUUUGGUUUGCAUGCCCUCGUUUUACAACUACACUUUCUCACAAACUAGAUCUCAUUAGAGACUAUUUAUAUGUUUCAAUUGAACAUUUUAAUGAUUCGUUUGUACCAACUCUCAUAAGAGCCAAGAUUUUGAGACUUGUUUAUGAGCAUGUAGUUUCUAAUGCAAACGGAAUAUCAUCUCCAUUGACUUCUCAUCUUCCUCAUUUUGUAAACAUCUUGACCUUACCUCAAAAUAUUAACAUGAAACAAUAUUGGGAAACUAGAAUGGCGUCCAUUGACGACCGUUUAACAGAAACAGCUUUUAGAUAUUUCAGAACAAAAGCCAUUGGCAAUUUACUUGAGCUAUCAGAUGCCAUGAACUUUAUAUUUGUUCGUGAAAUGUUUUACAGACUUUAUCACUCAGUAGAAAUGGUCUCAUGUUCGCAUCUGCGUAAAUCGAUAUUCACUCUCAAUUAUCCUGACAUUGAUGAAAUAAUGAACACUCAAUGUGUGACAUUCAAUAACAAACAAAAUUUAGAAAAUUUACUGGUAGACGACCUUAGUGCCGAAUUUGUUACGACUCUCUCCAACGGUGAGAGCCAAUUUUUCUGCAUGUCAGAAUGCUUGUGGAAAAUCAAUGCAAUAGGAGAAAUGAUUAGAAACAAUCAUGCUACCAUAGAUGAUACUCGCUAUGAGACGCUCUUUUCAAUGACUCUGAAAGCACUAGCUAAUAACAUGACAUUGCCUCCUGAGUUUCUUGUCAUGAUGUGCAAGUUCCUAAUUUGUUAUCAUCCUGAUAAGAAUACAUUCACACGAAUAAUUUUCACAGGAUGGCCAGAUUUGCAGAGGAUUGAACAGCAAUUGAAAACCUACAAGGACAUGAGCUCUUCCCUAUAUCGCUUCUGUGUGGACUUGUUACAUUCAAUGUAUUUAUAUUCCAAUCUUAACGACAAUCAAAUCGUGAAUAACUUUGACAUCAACAAUUACAAUAUCGAAUCUGCAUUUAUUCCUCGAUACAUGACUUUAGCUUCCAAAACUCUUCGCAAGUUCCUCGAAUCGACCCAAAUUAAAUUUGGACAGCCCAAAGACGUUGACAUUGGAUUAAUAAUCAAUUCCAAGCUAAUGUUGACACUUUUGAGAAAUGCUAACUUCUCUCUUUGCCAUUUUAGCGAAUCAAAUUCCAACAUUUUGGUAAUUCCUGCUAUUAAGCGAUGUAUGAAGAUAGAAACAAAACUUGAACUGCUUCAAAAAGAAAUUAACAAUUUACAACUCAGAGAUCAAGAAUGUAUUCCAAUCGUAAAUAGGUCAAUGGUUAUUAUGAAACCAUUAAACGCUUCUGCAAAAGAUAGACCUCGAUUUGAGUACUUGGCCAAUGAAUCAAUUUUAACGAGCGUGCUGAAUUAUAUGAAUCGUCAACACUCGUCAUUGCUUAGCUUGUCAUUAUCAAAGAGCUAUCGUUACUUCUUCCCCAUACUUGAUGAACAAUUAAGCGAAGGUAGAAACAUUCAUGGAAAUUUGUUAAUUCUCCAAGAUUCUUGUAGAGAAAUUAAUCGAGCCUUGUCGACAUGCAUGGAUGAACAUUCACGGCAGAAUAUUUAUUUUGUUGCUGGCUAUUUAAUUGGAGUUUGUAUAUUAAGCAAGUACAUUCUUGGUCCUGUCAAUCUGGACAAGCGUGUUUUACAACUCUUUCUGAAUGAAACUUCUCUAACUGGAUACAGCGUACAUGUCGAAGAGAGCACAAGCAAACAGUUACAAGUACUUUAUGAGUGCUUUAAUUCUGGUAUUAGAAUGGUACUUCAUGAUGAAAUUGUGAACACCUUAAAGAUUCUCACCUCUGAAGAAUUCUUAGCUCUUCUUGGAGAUGAAGCAACGAUUGAACGACAUAUCUCCUUAAUUAUUGGAAACAUUGAACGUGAUACGACAGUUUCGUUAAUAGAUAGCUCAAAUUUCGUCUUUAAAUUGGUGAAGCCAACACUGAACGAAGAUAAGUGUUUGAGUGCCACGCUUGUAAAUUAUUUUAAUGGCAUGUUCAUGCACGAUACAACUCAUGCUGUCGUCACUGUGACUGUUAUUCCAGCUGAGUACACACAUAUACAAAUCAAGCCUCACAAAAGAAUUAUCGAAAUUCCACUUCGUUCUACUAAGGAUGAAUUGAUUUUGCUAUUAAGACAACAACCGCAUAUUUCUUUUGAGUAA